AUGGACAAAAUUUACGUAUACGCUGGAGAAAAUAAGGCCAAGAUUGAGCUUACCAGAAUAAAGGAUGUGCCGCGAAUUGAAGAUAUCAUAGAAUACUUGCACAGAAUGCAAGAUAUAUUCCAGUUGCAGCUAGGUGUUGUGGAGACGAUUACAGGCAAUCUGAAGAUUAGGUCUAGUUCUCAACAUGAUGAUUCUGAAGAUUACGGUAAACCUUUUUACAUCUUAGAAUAUUGUGAAGGUGAGGAUCGAUACUCGCUUUGGAGGACCAGCUAUGAGUGGAAAUUGAGUGGCGCUAUAGCAACACUUUAUGGGAAUAAUGGACCUGUAGAAUUUCCUGUUGCGCUGCUGGAUGCUUUCAAGAACUUUAAACAUAAAGAAGAGAUAUUGAAUUCACUAAAGGAAUUCAAUAUCAAAAAGGCAAAAGCUCUUGACUGGCAAAUGGUUGCUGUAGAACUUUCUAAGUUCAUAGAUGAUUUUGAAAAAAGCAGCAGCGAAAUCGAUCGACACCAGCUGAAAACUGCUAUAGCGCUCACUUUACUUAAAUGUAUGGUUCAUUCGAACAAGAUAGCGCUGGAAAAUACAUUGCUGUCUUAUGAUGCUAAAAUGCAUCAACAGGAAAGCAACGUGUCAUCUCCAUCAUCUACUUCAACAAAACCUACAAGAGCUACGUCAGUUGAGUCAGACUAUACCCAUAUGCCGUCUACGCAAUUACAAUCUAACUUCAAUAGCUUCUUUCAAUCAAUGGCAGAAAACUUCGAAACAUAUGACACUGAAAAACAACCAUCUACCAGAUCGUUGAAACUCCCACCAUUGACAAAAGUGAGAAGUAACUCUAACAAAAGAAAUCCUGCUGGCCAGGUCGAAAAGCCAACCAAGAAGAAGAGCCGCAGAAUGUCGAUCAAAUAA